AUGAUGACGCCACGAGAUCAGCGUCUUUCACAUGCCCCGUCCUUCGUAGAAACUGAUCUAGCCAUGGAGGGAUUUGGCUGUCUAUUUAUACCAUCACUGGCUCCACUCUUUUCUACAAGCAGAACCGAGAGAGUAUUUCCGCCAUUGAAUGGAAUUACUUUGUCCACUAACCAAAUUAUAUUUAGCUGGUUGUAUAUCGAUGCAUUCUCGGACAAAAAGUUAGAUGCUCAUCCCCUGAGGCUGUUAACAAUAACGAGGACAGGACCAUGUCAUCUAGCCUGCCUGACAAUUCAGAUCAGUCCAAUUGAUCGCAGUUUAUUGAUAUCUACAGAUGAGCAUGAAAACCCCGGAGGUGAUUUGGAGAAGGAAGCGAAAAUACCCUCUGAAAAAGCGACUGUGUACUUGAACGGCCGAAUUGUCUCUACGCAAAAGCUACAAUACAUCGUGCAGACUGCGGGUGGGGCAGCUACGCAGUUGGCACAGACUCACGUUGUGAAUGCCAUGAUCGGCACUUUACCAAGCAUGAGAAGACCGAGUCGGUUGAGGUAUCGCUUAGCCUCUUCUUUCCUCAUCGAAGAGCCAUUGUCAUCAGAGGCAAUUCGCAGUAUUUAUGAUUUGCAACCACACUAUGUUGGAAGUUUGCAGGCAAUAGGGCCGGAACGAACAUCUUUAGUGCAGGAAGAAAAGAUCGUCUUUGCUCUUAAUGGAAUGGCUACCAGCGAGAUGACUCUUGCCAAGAUUCGCACUUUGUACAACAAAUUGGAUGCAGAAAUAUUAGCACCUCAUCUUGGCAUCUCAUCAAGUGACAAUAGCACGCCACUUAGGAUAUUGCUGAAUACGGUAUCACAUGCUCCUGGAGCUGGGAGAGCUUUUGGGGCAGUGAUUAUUGGAUAUUUGGGCAUGCGCACUUUCAUCCCUAGACCCGUACCUCGUCUUCUUGACUCUAUGGGCGGAUUUGCUUGUCUGUAUGGUUUAGUGGCUAUGGCGACUGAUUCAGAAGGACUCUACGCAAGCUUGAAAGCGGUUGUUUCAGCCGUAAGGUCAAAUAGCAAUCUACAAGCGACUUUGCACGCUAAUAGAGCCUAUCAGACUCUGGCUGUACUUCUGGAAGACAAAGCAAACUUGCUGAACUCUCACAUCAUGCAUAUGAUAUUCAGCAUGGCCGGAACACUGGAUACAGCCAGAGAAAUAGCGACCAUCCCGAACGCUCAGGCAUUUGAGGAUCUGCUUUGUGAUCUAGAUGUCUGGGCAAGUGCACCUGAUGAGCAGCAUAGAAUGCUUUAUGAGCACUUCUACGAACUCAUUACAGAUCACCAGCGGGAGAAUCUGGCUAUUGUACGACGAUCACCGUUGCUAUCUAGAGUGCUUUUCGCUUUGUUUGAUCGGCCGCAGUUACUGUGGGCAACAAAUGAAAUAGUCUUCAGUCUGCUCUCAGCGAUCGUUCAGCCACAAUGUGAUAAUCGCAGUAUGCUUAAAUUGGGGCAGGCAAUAGCUGCCACGCUGCCAACAACAGCUGAAGAUCUUGUUGUGGAAUCACGGAUGUCAUUCCACAUCUCAGAACUGCAAAACCAGUUGUUAGCAAAUCAGAAGCCGAAUGAAGGUCAGCCUAGUAGUUUAUACAAUGUUUACGUACGAAAUCGCCUGCUGAAUAUGAUUGCGAACUUCUUAUCUCAUUCUAGUCCACAACUGAACCAACAUAUGGCAGAUCAGAUAGUCCGGGUGCUGGGGUUUGACUGGGUGUAUUGUCUCCUCUCUCCUGGAAUCCACUCGGGAACUGUCUUCUUGGCGCUGAGAAUUCUUCUCGGUUUGUUAGCACAUCCACCAUUGCUGGGUAAGUUCCGUGAAGGAACAGCUAAUGGUGGUUGGCUGACGGAUGCGGAUUCUGUAGUAAGGAACAGAGCAGCUGUGGUUCUCGGUUUCUCCGUUUCUGCUCAUGGUGGCUCAGUUGGCAGUAAGAUUGAUAUUAAUCCAGAGUUACAAAACUGCGCAGGCUUUGCUGCUCUUGAACAUCUAAUGGCUGCUCAUGCAGACAAACCUCAUGCUUAUUUAGCAAUGUUAGCCCUGUUAGUUGGACAGGUAAUUUGA